AUGAAUCCCGGUGUCGUUGAAACCGAGUUUGCCGUCAGAUUGACUAAUAGUAAAGAAGGCGUCAAUCCAUACGCAGACAAGCCGUGCAUUAAAGCUCAAGAUAUCUCUCAAAUUGUAAUAAAUAUACUACAAAUGCCGGCACACGUCGAGAUCAACGAUGUCCUAAUCAGACCCACCUUUCAGGUCCAAUAG